AUGAGUCAGAAACAUCCCUCCGGCAAGCAAUCGCCACCGAAGAAGCAGCGGUCGCGAUACGAAAACAAGAUGGGAAUGCCGCUGACGAAGAGUCUCUCAACACGAGAGUCCAAGCAGAAAAAGUUAUCAAUAAGAAGUAGAGAAAAACAUUCCCUGGCGGCAUUGGAUGAUAGGAAGGCAGCCGCUCCAAAGUUGGACGAACUUUCGGAUCAACUUCUCUUAAAAAUAUUCUCCUACCUAAAGGUGACUGACCUGAUGAAAAUGUUCUUCAUAAAUAAACAUUUCAACGCACUGGCGCACAAUAAUAAUCUCUGGCAGAAGCAAUACAUGAUUCAUAUCGGGAAGCUAGAGUACAAGCGCUCCGUCAUGAAGAGCAGCCAGUACGCUUUCGGUCUGACGAAGGGUAAGGAUUAUUGGAAAAAGUUGUUCUACACCGAAAUUUGCAGUCGUCACAUUGCUGCCCCGGAGUACUUCAAGUGGAAGAUGUUUGACAGGGUGCUGGAGCUGCCCUCCAAUGCCAUGUCCUACUUGGAGAGGAACGACGUGUGUUGGAUGAUGUACUUUGUUACGGAGGACGGCAUUGAGGGCAAGGGGCUGGAAAACAGUGAGACCGUCAUUUUCAGAGGGUCCUUAUCUAUCAAAUGGCAGAGAAGUCGCAUGCCAAAUGUUGACGGCUUGAAGGAGAUCCGCAUAUACGCUAUUGUCCCGGUUUUUAGAGACAAAGCAGGGAAGAGCAUUUCGAUGAGGCCUUACAAAAGAUUCUUCUUUGUUUCGCAGCCGUUUGAGACAGGCUUCCAGCACUGGCUGGCCACUUCAACUCCAGUGAACGAAUCAAUGCAGGACCUCUCCCUCUACACGUUACCCUGCGGCUUGAAGUUGGCCAUGUGGAAGUACAAUCUGGAAUUGGUAUUUGUGGUUUUUUCCAUUCACUGGCACAAGCUGAUCACUCAUUUCUACAACUGCUCGAGGGAGAUUUACGUCGGCAGGGACGAUGACAUCGUUCCGAACUCACCCCCCUUCAAGAACAGACCCAGCUACAAUGCGGAGCAACCGAAAGAAACUGAGAAAUUAAAGUUGAGGAAUGAAUUAACGAGUGUCCCAGUUAAAGAGAUUGACACUAUGAACAUCUCCAAUUUGAGUAAUUAUAAAUGCGCGGUCGAUCUGCGAACCAAUCAAUCUAAUCUCUGGUUCAAGUACUUUCCAAGGCUUGUCACCAACCUGGCACAAGCCAAGAAGGUCAUCAAGUUCCAACUCGUCGAACACUCCAAACCAGACAAACCAGACGGACAAAAUUAUUUACUGAAGCACAAUAACAUCACUUAUAACUGGAACGUUGGGAAGGUGAGCGGUGAGUUGUGGAACCUGUGUGAGUUGGAUGUUACGUUCUAUGACUCUCGAGACAAUGAAAAUUUGACAAAACCCGGCCCAACACCUGGAGGAGCUGGAGGAACUGGAGGGACUGGAGGAAUUGGAACGAUGGCCGCCUUACCAGCGGACCACCCAAAGAAGGUGAUCGAGUAUGAAGAAGAUAAGAUGGGUCUGUUCAGAACGAUACUAAUUUGGGAUGAAAAGGCCCAGAAACACCGCAUUUCUGAAAUGAUGAUUUUCGUCAACAUCGCCGUAGUAACUGGGGUAAAAAAUGAGAAUUGA